AUGAUUACCUUUGCUGAUCCUGUCAUCAGAGCCACAAUGCCUUUGCAAAUGCUUCUUCGAUCUUUCUUCAUUGCCACCAUUUCUUCCAAGAAGUACCUUUUGAUACCCUCAUUGAACUUAUUAUCCUUCUUUGCAAAGCCGGGCCGGAGCUACCUUUUCAACGUGGAUAGGAAUCCCGUCCUCCACGGAGUCCUUAAAAAGACAUUCUACAACCAAUUUUGCGCCGGCGAGUCGAAGCAGGAGACAAAGGCAUGCUGCAAGUCUUUGACCGACCUUGGUUUCAAAGGAGUCAUCCUUACGUAUGCUAAGGAGAUGGUGUUCGACCACUCAACUGCAAAGCCGAGCUUGCACGCCGAUGAAGCGGCAAAAUCAGAGACCUCAUCAGCACGCGACUCUGUGAUUGAGGAGUGGCGCGUCGGGACUCUCGCUACGGUUGAUAUGAUUGAUAAAGGAGAUAUCCUCGCACUCAAGACUACCGGCGGCGGGCCCGCCGUAGGAGAGGCAUUCCAUAGGGGCGAGCUCCCUCCGCAGCAGAUGAUGGAUGCUCUUGACGAGAUCGCGACCAAGUGCAAGCAGCGCGGCAUCCAGAUCAUCAUCGACGCCGAGUCUCAGUACUUCCAGAAGGGCAUUGCACGAACGUCUCUCGAGCUCAUGCGCAAGUUUAACCGCGAGCCCAAAGUCGUUAUCUACAACACAUACCAAGCAUACCUGAAGAAUCAGCCCAAGUACCUGCAGCACCACCUCGCGGAGGCAGAGAAGGACGGCUUCACGCUGGGCUUGAAGCUAGUCCGGGGCGCCUACAUGCUAUCUGACGACCGGUCUCUAAUCCACGACACUAAGGAACAGACCGACGCUGCGUACAAUGGCAUCGUCGAGGGCGCACUCCAUCAGAAACUCUGGGACUUUGGUACCUCCCGGCCGUUCCCGGCUCUCAACCUCUUUUUGGCCAGUCACAACAAGGAGAGUCUCAUCACAGCACAACGGUUGCACGCACAGCGAGAGAAGGACGGUUUGCCCACCGUACCAAUUGGCUUCGCACAGCUGCACGGCAUGUCCGACGAGGUUGGAUUCUCGCUGUUGAAGGAACGGGGUGCGGAUGGAAAGGCACCUGACGUUUUCAAGUGCUCUACUUGGGGAAGUAUGGGAGAGUGCGUAGCAUAUCUUCUGCGAAGAGCUGUUGAGAACAGAGAUGCGGUGUUGAGGACGCAGGAUGAGUUUAAUGCACUGAAGAAGGAGGUCUGGAGAAGGAUGGGUUUUGGAAGAGCGUAG